AUGCCGGGACUGCAGCGUGUGCCAGACCGCAGCGGGCUGUGCCAGGCACAGGGCUCUGCCCGGGCGCCCGCCACAGCUCCCGGAGGGGCCCCGGCUGCGACGGCUCCGUGCGUGCGCACGGGGCUGGCUCGGCGUGAGCCUCCGCCACGCGCCUCUGUGAGCAAAUUCGGUUAUCUGAGCGUGUCUGAGUGCCGGCGCCUCUCCCCGCGCGCUCGGUUGCUCCGCGCCGAUGCCGGCCCGGUGCCUACGAUCCGGGCUGUUGGUACGGUUAUUGGCCUGAUGGUGCCAGAGGGACAUAAAGCCGAAGCCAGCCAGGACGAGGUGGUGGCAGCUCCGGUCCUGCGCCGAGCAGAGGUCGGUAGUGGCUCCGAAGGGCUGGUGCUCGGGAUGGGAUGGAACAAGGAUAAAGCAGCUCCGUUUCACCGCGGGGAUUACACGGUGGAGGUGAGCAUCAACGACUACCUGGACAUCUACUGCCCGCACUACGAGGAGCCGCUGCCCGAGCGGAUGGAGCGCUACAUCCUCUACAUGGUCAACUACGAGGGGCACGCGUCCUGCGACCACCGGCAAAGGGGCUUCAAGCGCUGGGAGUGCAACCGGCCCGACUCCCCCAACGGGCCCCUCAAGUUUUCAGAGAAGUUCCAGCUCUUCACCCCCUUCUCGCUGGGCUUCGAGUUCAGACCCGGCCACGAGUACUACUAUAUCUCCGCGUCCCCCCCGAACAUGGUGGACAGACCCUGCCUGAAGCUGAAGGUUUAUGUUCGGCCAACAAACGAUUCCCUCUACGAGUCCCCGGAGCCCAUUUUCACCAGCAACAACUCCUGCUGCAGUCUCAGGGUCCCGCACGCCGUGCUCGUGGUGGUGCCGGUCGUCUGGACGCUCCUGGCCUCCGGGACGUGCCUGGGGAGAUCACCGGUGUGGAGGGUUGGUGCUACCGGCGAGAAGCUCGCCCGGAUCCUGCUGCCGCGUGAAGUCCCCAUCUUCGCACCGUGCCAGGACAUCGUGCCGCGCAUGACUGACCCACACGGGGCCGGGCUCAGCCCCCUCCCGCCGAGCCCCUCGCCGGGGCGGCUGCGGCACCCGACCUUCGCCCGGCCACGGGCAGAGCCGCGGGCAGCGCCGAGAAGCCAAGGAGAGACGGAUGCCAGCGACGGUGCCGAUGGCUCUGUUGUCGCAGACUCCUUCCCAGCCCGGCCAUCGCUCCGGCAGCAGGACGUCGCGGUGCCGGCUGCGGCGCGCUUCCCCUGCCACCCCUCCGCCGUGGGGGUGUGGGGAUGGGGGGGCAUGGAUGGACACGAGUCCCCGCUGAGCGCCUGGUGGGGUGACCCCGUCCCCACCGCUCGUGCCACGGAUGUCACCGCCGUCCCCGUGGGACCCUGGGGCCGCUCCGCGAGCAGCAAAGCAAACUGGACGCAGCCGAGGGGAGCACCAGGGAUGGCCGGCCGGCACGUGGAGCGCUGGAGAUGGCCGGCCGGCACGGAGAGCACCGGGGAUGGCUGGCUGGCACUGGGAGCACCACCGGGAGCUGGGAGCCGGCGGGCCGGGCUCGCCCAGCAGCCGGGAUCGCUCCAAGGGUGUUUGGCCGGAGCCGGGGCUGGAGCCCCCGUCCGCGGCAGGGCUGAUCUCGCCGGGGCGGGAGGAGCGUGCCGGCCCGGCGUUGCCCGUGGAGCAGGUUUUCCUCCUCCACAGCCUUCUGCUCUGCACCGCGUCGUGCCCCCCCCCGAUGCCUUGGGGGUGCGAGAGCCCCCACGGGGGGGGCCAGCGGCCGCGUGCGGGACCAUCGCGGCGCUCCCCACAGUUGCCCCUUUGUCCCCCCGGCUGCUGCCGGCAUCCCCGGAGUUCCGGGGCUUCGUCCUUAGACACGCCGCUUUCGUCCUCGACGUCGUGCUGAUGUGCCAGGACUUCAGAGCCACGUGGGCGCUGGCAGCCCCCGAGGUCAACAGCCCCGUUGUGCCGGUGGUCGGGGUUUCAGGGUUGACGGAGAUACAGCUUCACCUCCGCACGCUGCACUAA